UUUGGUUUUUCUGUCAUUUGAAGGAGCAUUGGGCAACUGAAAGGACUCAAGUGACGUGUCUUCAUUCAACGUUUGACGAAAACCAUGCUGCUUCGUAAAGUGAGUCAGUCCAUUCUCAGGAUUCCUCCCGUCCUGUCCGGAGGUCAACAUCAUGCCGGUGCCGUCAUUGCGGUUCAAAACGCCCGUCUCUACGCCAGCCCAGCUGCGGAGGCGGUGCUGGAGAAGUCGGCAGCAGUCGGCAGUGACACUGCCACGAAAGCUGUUAAGAUCACAGUUGCUGCUGAAUCCAAAUCAUAUGCUGUCAACAUUUUCAAGGGGAAGAUCGCGACUGCCCAGGUGUUCCCCUUCCCCUCAGUCAUGAACGAGGAGCAGGAGCAGUUUCUCCGAGAGCUCGUGGGGCCUGUCGCCAAAUUUUUUGAAGAGGUGAAUGAUGCUGCCAAGAACGAUGCCUUGGAGAAGGUAGAAGAUCACACCAUGCAGGGCCUGAAGGAGAUGGGUGCCUUCGGCCUGCAGGUGCCGGCUGACCUCGGCGGCCUCGGUCUCUCAAACACACAAUAUGCCCGGCUGGUUGAGAUUGUUGGCAGCCAUGACCUUGGCGUCGGCAUCACUCUGGGUGCCCACCAGUCCAUUGGCUUCAAGGGCAUUCUGCUCUUUGGGACUCAAGCCCAGAAGGAGAAGUACCUGCCAAAGCUCGCCACGGCUGAGCAUAUGGCGGCCUUCUGUCUCACCGAACCAUCCAGUGGCUCUGAUGCCGCCUCCAUCAGGUCCACAGCUAUUCAGUCCCCCUGCGGAGAGUACUUCACUCUCAAUGGCAACAAGAUCUGGAUCAGCAAUGGAGGUCUGUCUGAGAUCUUCACGGUGUUCGCCAAGACGCCCAUGAAGGAUCCCAAGACCGGGGAGAUGAAGGACAAGAUCUCGGCCUUCAUCGUGGAGAGGAGCUUUGGAGGAGUGACUCAUGGCCCUCCAGAGAAGAAAAUGGGCAUCAAGGCGUCCAACACGGCAGAUGUCUUUUUCGAUAAUGUUCGGGUACCAGCUGACUGCUUGCUGGGCGAGUUGGGAGAAGGCUUCAAGGUGGCCAUGAACAUCCUGAAUAAUGGGCGUUUCGGCAUGGCGGCCGCCCUCUCCGGUACCAUGAAGGGAGUCAUCACCAAAGCUGUGGAUCAUGCAGCCAACAGAGUCCAGUUUGGGAGCAAGAUCCACACCUACGGCGCCAUCCAGGAGAAGAUGGCCCGCAUGACCAUGCUGCAAUACGUCACUGAGUCGAUGGCCUACAUGAUCAGCGGCAACAUGGACAGUGGAGCGAAGGAAUUCCAGAUCGAAGCGGCCAUCAGCAAGAUCUUUGCCUCUGAGGCAGCCUGGACGGUGACUGAUGAGUGCAUUCAGGUUAUGGGUGGCAUGGGUUACAUGAAGGACUCUGGAGUGGAGAGAGUGAUGAGGGAUCUGAGAAUCUUCCGAAUCUUUGAGGGCACCAACGACAUCCUGAGGCUCUUUGUGGCCCUCAAUGGCUUCCAGAACGCUGGGAACCAGUUGAAGAGCUUACAGAAGGCCAUGAAGAACCCCAUCGGCAACGCUGGGUUCCUCGCUGGAGAAAUAACCAUGAGGGCCAAAAGAAAGGCCGGUUUGAGCACCGGGCUGACGCUGCAGGGAACGGUCCAUCCUGAGCUGGCUCAGAGCGGAGAGCUGACCACUCAGGCCAUCGAACAGUUUGGAGCGGUCACCGAGGAGCUGCUGAUCAAACACGGAAAGAAGAUCAUUGAUGAACAAUUUGUCCUGAAGAGGGUUGCAGACUGUGCCAUUGACCUCUACGCCAUGGUGGUGGUCCUGUCCAGGGCUUCCCGCUCUCUGAGUCGGGGCGACCCCUCAGCUCAGCAUGAGAAGAUGAUCUGUGAAACCUGGUGUGUGGAGGCCCAUGAACGCAUCCUGAGGGACAUCAAGUCGCUGCGCUCCAGUCAGUCCGGACUGCUCUUCAAGAACCUGCGGGCCAUCUCUGCUGCCGUGGUGGAGAAGGGCGGCGUGGUGGCUCCUCACCCUCUGGGUUUCUAAACGCUCCCCACUUCCCCUAAUCCUCCUGUCUCCACUUCCCCCUUCGGUAUCUCUAGCCCAGUUCAGGCUCCUGUGUGGCAAGUUUCUCUCAGACGUUGUCUAGCGCCAUGAUCGCUCCAUCGCACAUCGCCGUCCUCGUGUCAGCGUCGGUGCUUUCACAUCCUCCGUCAUCUUGAUUGUAUUAAAUUCCAGUGUCUUUGUGAACUCUU